CAAGACUACAAACACUUUCUCUCCACAGCUUACUACAGCUUCAAUUGCACUCUUGAGUACAUCUUCUUUUUUCAAUCUAUAUAUCAUCAUACUCAAGACCGGCAAAACCACAACACACCAAAAAUGUCCUUCACCCUCACCGAAGACGAAAUCGACGACCUCCUGUACUUUGCCCGCGCCGGCGAGGCAGACGACCUGGUCUCUACUCUCAAGGAACUGGCUACUGCCAAGGGACUUUCUUCGCCGGGGCCCAUUCUGUCGCAGGCCAGAGAUGAGCACUCUGGCAACAGCGUCCUGCACAUGGCUGCCGCCAAUGGAUUUACUCAACUCGUGACAUCCGUCCUCGCCCUCCUGCCCGAAACCUCCGAGGAGCGCAAGGCAGUGCUCGCUCACCGCAACUCUUCCGGAAACACGCCAUUGCACUGGGCCGCAGUGAACGGACACCUCGAGACCGUAAAAGCGCUCGUGGACGCCGGCGCAGACGUGGGCAUCAUGAAUAACGCUGGACUGGACGCCGUGUUUGAAGCUGAGCGCGGCGGAAAAGACGAGGUGGUGGGAUGGUUGCUAGCCAAGACGGCGGCCGGUGAGGGCAUGGAUGAGGAAGAAGGCGAGGAUAAUGGUGAAGAAAGCUCAAAGGCUGGAACGGUGGACGAGGCGCAGAAGCAGGAAGAGACUGAGACGACGGAAGGGAAAGGCAAGGGUAAAGAACGACAAGAGGAAAACGUGUCUUCUGUCGAGGACAAGGUCAAGAAAAUCGACAUCAAUCAGCCUUGAACCUUGAUAAGGAAUUGGUCUCAAUUCCUUUUUUCCGAGGUUUGGCCGUAAGACGCUUGGGGAGGACGACAGAAACGGGAGUGGAUAGUACAGCGCAUCCCCUCGGAAAGACUCCAGUUGAUACUUCCAUUUGACAAGAGAGGGAGCUGAACUGGACAUGCAUGUCGUUUCUUAUUCCAAUACCGAGUACAUGCACGACGACUUACGACAAUUUCCGUCUAGAUGGGGGAGAAACAGGACGGGUAUCCAUUCCAAAAGCAUACGAUCACAGCCUUGUCACCAACCCUGCCAGACACCGCUCUUCUCAUCAUACAAACGUACCGUAUUUAUUCACCAUCAUGGGAGGAGCCACAUUUCAUACCACCGGCUGUUGAAGUAACCAUGUGUCACUUUUACAAAGUUCUGCGCAAGAAAAUUUUUAUGAUAUCCCUUUACAUAGUCACAUC